AUGUCGGCGAAAUUAGCAGGCAAAGUUGCCAUUGUCACUGGAGGCGCUCAAGGCUUUGGAUGGGGCAUUGUCCGGAAGUUCGUCGACGAAGGGGCAAAAGUUGUCAUUAUCGACGCCAACGAGAAAACAGGUCAGGAGGCGGCUGACAAACUCGAGGGCUGUGCCUUCGUGAGAGGCGAUGUCUCCGAGCGAGCGGUCUGGGAAAAGGCGCUGGAAACCGCGUCGACCCAGUUCGGAAAGCUCGACAUUGUUGUCAACAAUGCUGGGAUCCUCAUUGUCAAGAAAGCCACCGAGUACACGGAGGAAGAUUACGAACGCAUCUUCCGCAUUAACGUCAAGAGUCUAUUCCAAAGUUCGCAGGUCGUUAUUCCUUACUUCCAAAAGCAAGGUGGUGGUGCAUUUAUCAACAUGUCCAGUGCUGGCGAGAUACGCCCACGAGCAGAUGGAGUGUGGUAUUGCGCGACGAAAGCAGCAGUCACGAAUGCUACAAAGGCUUUGGCGGUGGAGUGGGCCUCACAUAACAUUCGGUUCAACUCGGUCGCGCCUACGAUUGCCGAGACUGGAAUGUACCAGGUCAUAUUGAAUGCUGCGGACCUGAAAGACGGAGAAGAAACUCGGAAGAAGUUCGGAGAGGUAAUUCCGCUGAAUAGGUUCUGUCGGCCCGGCGACGUAGGAAGCGCCGUGUGUUUCCUGGCCAGCGACGAGGCCUCCUUUAUUACUGGAGUGCAGCUGCCGGUGGAUGGCGGGAGGUCUAUUUGA